GCGGGGCAGAGCAGUGAAGCUGAUAGUCGAAAAGACGACUGACUACCCUUCUGCUGAGUACUCCCUGGUGGAGGAUGUAGCCCUCCACUUCACGUGUUUGAUGGACAGACUGAACGAGCAGCGCCUCUUUCAGCCGGACCUGUGCGACGUGGACAUCGUGCUGGUGCAGCACAAGAGCAUCUUCCCGGCGCACAAGGGGGUCCUGGCCGCCUACAGCCAGUUCUUCCACUCCCUCUUCACCCAGAACAAGCAGCUGCAGCGCGUGGAGCUCUCCCUGGAGGCCCUCACCUCGCAGGGCCUCCAGCAGAUCCUCAACUUCAUCUACACCUCCAAGCUGCUCGUCAACUCCUGCAAUGUGCAGGACGUGCUGAACGCGGCCGCCGUGCUGCAGAUGAACAACAUCGCGUCGUCCUGCCAGGACCUGCUGGACACGCGCUCGCUCAGCCUGGCCACCGACAUGGCCCUGCCCGCCGAGGGCUGCGCGGGGCCCCCGCCCUACUACUGCGAGAUCAAGCAGGAGGUGGACGCCCCCCACCCCAAAAUCUACGCCCGGGAGGGCAACGACCCCUUCUCGGUGCGGGUGGAGGACGGGACGGGCGGCGGGACGCUCCCCGCCGGCCCCGCCAAGCAGUACUACAAGGAGGAGAAGGACGGCGGCGCCGGCGCCGUGUGCAAGAUAGAAGGGGAAGAGUCCGAGGAGGACCUGGACAGCCAGGGCUCGUACAACCGGGAGCAGAUCAUCGUGGAGGUGAACCUCAACAACCAGACCCUCAACGUCUCCAAGGGCACGGAGGGCAAGGCGGCCGCCAGCGAGGCGGCCGUGAUGGGGCGGCCGGACGGCGACGGGCGCGACACGGAGGAGGACGGGGAGGAGGAGGGUGAGGAAGGGGAGGAGGAGGAGGAAGAGGAGGAGGACGCGGAGGUGGGUGAUGAGGAGGAGGAGGAGCGCAGCGAGGAGGAAGACCUGGAGGAGACGACGGAAGAAGAGGACGAUGACGAUGACGAUGAGGACGCGUCGGAGAUGAAAAGGGAGAAGGGCGGGCAGCCCCGCCGGGGCAGCCGGGCCUCCAAGGCCACCAAACCCACCAUGGCAACCAGGUCCCAGGAGAUGGCCAAGGUGGAAGAGGAGGAGGAGGAGGAAGAAGAAGGCCAGCGAGGGAGGAAGAGGAAAAAGGAACAGGAUGGUUUGGGGCAGAAGGUGAAGCUGGAGGAGAAGCAGCAUUACCCGUGCAAGAAGUGCCCCCGGAUCUUCAACAACCGCUGGUACCUGGAGAAGCACAUGAACGUCACCCACAGCCGGAUGCAGAUCUGUGACAAGUGCGGGAAGCGCUUCCUGCUGGAGAGUGAGCUGCUCCUGCACCACCAGACCGACUGUGAGAAGAACAUCCAGUGUGUGACGUGUGGGAAGGGCUUCAAGAAGCUCUGGUCUCUCCACGAGCACAACAAGAUCGUCCAUGGCUAUGCAGAGAAGAAGUUCUCCUGCGAGAUCUGCGAGAAGAAGUUCUACACCAUGGCCCACGUGCGCAAACACAUGGUUGCACACACCAAGGACAUGCCAUUCACCUGUGAGACCUGCGGGAAGUCCUUCAAGCGUAGCAUGUCCCUCAAGGUCCACUCGCUCCAGCACUCCGGGGAAAAGCCUUUUAAAUGCGAGAACUGCAAUGAGCGCUUCCAGUACAAGUACCAGCUGCGCUCCCACAUGAGCAUCCACAUCGGCCACAAGCAGUUCAUGUGCCAGUGGUGUGGCAAGGACUUCAACAUGAAGCAGUACUUUGAUGAGCACAUGAAAACACACACAGGCGAGAAGCCCUACAUCUGUGAGAUCUGUGGGAAGAGCUUCACCAGCCGCCCCAACAUGAAGCGGCACCGCCGGACCCACACGGGGGAGAAGCCGUAUCCCUGCGACGUGUGCGGGCAGCGCUUCCGCUUCUCCAACAUGCUCAAGGCCCACAAGGAGAAAUGUUUCCGCGUCAGCAACCCCUUGGCCUCGGACACGGCUGCCCCCCAACCCGCCACCAGCCCCGCCCCGCUGCCCCCCGGCCCCGGCGUGUCCCCCCUGCCCCUGCCGCUGCUCCAUCCUCUCCCACAGACCCUCCCUCCUCCUCCUCACCUACCGCCGCCCCCUCCCCUCUUUCCCGCGGGGAGGAUAAAUUCCAACAACAACUAGGUGCCCCCCCACCCCGGCCAUGCGCCUGCACGGACUGCUCUGCCCUUCGGGAACGCCUCCCCCCCCGGGGAGACGAGGCUUUGCUUGCUCUCUACCCCCCCC